CUGCCGAGUCUGGGCCAAGCCAGCUGACGACUGCUUUUGUUCUGUUUGGUCUCGAUAUGAGAGAAUGUCUGAUCAAUUGAGUGCUAGUGAUUGUUAUAUUCUGUCUGUGUGUCAGUAUAUGCUCUGAUAAUCAACCAAUGCUCUCAUAAUCAACUAUUGUCGCGGUCUAGGCGACUUAGGUGUAGGGCAGUCACUGCGGAGUGGAAGCCAAUCCUGCCGACCUCUGUUGCACGUUCCUCAGUCCUGUGGCUUUCGCUGAAUUCCUUGAAUCAGCUCGUGGCCCUGUCUUUAUCAGCUGUGUCUGCUGUUCUGUCUGUCUGUCUGUCUGUCUGCGUCUGUGUCUGCUGCUUGUAUCUCUAUCUGAAGACAACACAAUGCUACUCAAUACUUGCCUCAUCGCACUCUCUGGAUUGAUCGCCGCCGUCUCGGCUACUGUUGUGAACGACACAAUCCGUGUGCAAUCCUACAACCUGCGCUAUGACUCUAAAUCCAACACCAUCACGCCCGCAAAAACAUUCGCAAGUCUGAACAAGACCGUUGCCUACGACUUCGAGCUCGACUACUACUCGACCUAUUCCGAGCAGGCGUGGUCGACGAGACGGGUCGAGGUCGCUAAUCAGGUUUUGUUUAAUGCGCCUGAUGUUCUUUGCGUGCAGGAGGCGCUUGUCAGGCAGGUUCGUGAUUUGCAUGGGUUGCUUGAUGGGUAUGACUAUGUCGGUGUCGGACGCGACGAUGGCGUGCAGUCUGGCGAGUUCUCUGCUAUCUUCUACAAGACGGAGAGUGUGAAUUUGGUAUCUUCUUCGCAUCUCUGGCUCAGCAAGACGCCCUACGAGGCUUCAAAGUACGAUGGUGCAGGAAGCAAGAGAAUCGUUACUAUUGGAAACUUUACGACAACUAUCGCAGGCUCGCCGUUUACUGCAAUGUGCACUCACUGGGAUGACAAGUCUGACGACGCGCGUCAGUAUGCCGCAUCUAUGAUUCGCUAUGCGGGUGCGUACGAGGCCGAGGCUUCUGAUGGCGUUGUUCUUCUCUUUGGUGAUUUCAACUCCCAGAGCUCGGGCGAUGACUCUGGCGGAUACGAGAUUGUGACGGGUGAGAGCGACAUGCUCUCGAUGAACUCGACCUUCACCUCUGACUACGCCUCCGACCUCUCCGACUCGUUCGCAUUCACCGACUUGCUCACCGUCACCCCUCCGCGAUUCAGAUCCGGCCAUCAUGCGACGUUUGCCGGGUUCUAUGAAAUUGGCGAUAGCGAUUCAUUCGGGCGGAUUGAUUUUAUUAUGGCGGGUAAUAACGGGGGCUGGUCUGCGCAGAAUUAUCGCGUCGAGGAGAACUUUUUCGACAACGAAUAUCAUGCGAGCGACCACCGACCUGUCCUAGCUGAUAUAGUCAUUGGCAGCUACACCACCUAGAUAUCUAGAUAUCUUCUAUAAUUCUAUUGUCUCUUACUCUACUUCUAAUAUAUAGUCAUCCCUUACAUAAUCCCAAAUACG